AUGCCAGACCCUGAUCCUGAUCCUGACCCGCUGAGCCCGGAGCUGCUGACGCUGCCGCUGCUCCGGAGCGUGGUGCAGAGCCUGGGGCCACCAGACCGGGAUACAGAGGCCAUGACACGGGAGCAGGCUCUGCUCUACCUCUUUGUGCUGCACGACCAUGACCGGAGCGGGCGCCUGGACGGGCUGGAGCUGCUGCAGCUGCUGGGGACGCUGCUGGCACAGCGGGACGGGACACAGCCAGGCCCCGAGGAGGUAGCUGAGCGGGUGGACCGAGUCCUGGAGAGGCAGGACUUGAGCAGAGACGGGCUGCUUGACCCCUCCGAGCUGCUCCUGGUAUCUGGCCGGGGCCAGGAACUUCCUGGGCAGCCACUGUUCCAGCCCCCUGGGCAGCCCCGGGCUGGGGCUGUGCCUAGGAGGGACGCAGAGGGACCCGGGGAGGACCAGGAGGUGAGAGGUCCUGGGGAUGGCCCAGUGGAGGGGCAGGCAGCCCCCCAGGCUGAAGCCCCCCAGGCUGAAGCCCCCCAGGGUGAAGCUGUGGAGCUGGAAGAAGCCCCUGAAGCAAAAGCCCCAAGUGCUGAGACUGUUGAGGCAGAGGAAGCCCUUGAGGCUGGAGCCCCUGAGACUGAAGCCCCCAGUGAUGGAGCCCCUGAGGCUGGAAUCCCCCAGGAGGAGGCAACCCAAGUCUGGGAGGACCCUGGGGAGGGGUAG